GCGUGGGACCGCCUCUGUACGGAGCUUUAAUACUUCACAGUGAGAGUCGAUCGACCGCAGUCGGCAGUGGAGCACUCUGGAGCGAAGAUGGACUUUUUCCCCAGCUUUUCCAUUGAGACCUGGACUUUAAUAGUACUUGUCAUUUCUCUCAUUGCAGUAUAUGGAUAUGCUCCAUACGGCUUCUUCAAGAAACUAGGCAUCCGUGGGCCCAAACCUUUGCCUUUUAUCGGGACCUUUCUGGAGUACAGAAAGGGAAUCCACAAUUUUGACACAGCAUGCUAUCAGAAAUAUGGAAAGGUGUGGGGGUUGUACGAUGGCAGGCAGCCUGUGUUGUCCAUAAUGGACACAGCUAUGAUCAAAGCAGUCUUGGUUAAGGAGUGUUAUUCUGUCUUCACCAACAGACGGGAUAUGGGCCUAAAUGGACCAUUGCGUGAUGCUGUAUCAGUAACUGAAGAUGAGCAGUGGAAGAGGAUUCGCAGUGUACUCUCUCCAUCAUUCACCAGCGGACGACUGAAAGAGAUGUACACAAUAAUGUUGCAACAUUCAAGUAACCUGAUGAAAAGUCUUCGCAAGAAAGCAGAGGCAGAUGAAGUCAUCGAGGUUAAAGAAGUAUUUGGACCUUACAGUAUGGAUGUUGUGACCAGCACUGCCUUCAGUGUGGACAUUGACUCCAUCAACCAUCCCUCUGAUCCUUUUGUAGCAAACAUUAAGAAAAUGGUCAAGUUCAACUUUCUGAAUCCCUUGCUUGUAUUUGUGGUCUUGUUUCCGUUCAUCCUCCCAAUUUUUGAGAAGAUGAAUCUGUCAUUUUUCCCUGCUCAAGUGUUGGAUUUCUUCUACACCUUUCUAAAGAGGAUCAAAUCAGACCGGAAUAAGGAUCAACACAAGAACCGAGUGGACUUCAUGCAGCUGAUGGUGGACGCUCAGAUGUCAGAGAGCAACAAAGAGGACACAAGCUCCUCAAAAGGCCUGACUGAUAAUGAGAUCCUUGCUCAGGCCAUGAUAUUCAUCUUCGCUGGCUAUGAAACCAGUAGCAGCUCACUGGGAUUUUUAGCCUACAACCUGGCAACACAUCCUCAGAUCCAAAAGACCUUGCAAGAGGAGAUUGAUCAAACCUUCCCAGGAAAGGGUCAGCCAAACUACGAAGCCUUGAUGCAGAUGGAAUUCCUGGACAUGGUGGUGAAUGAGUCAAUGAGGCUGUACCCUAUUGCUAAUCGGGUAGAGAGAAUGGCAAAAGCCUCUGUGGAAAUUAACGGCGUGACCAUCCCUAAAGGAACUGUCGUCAUGGUACCAGUUUACACUCUUCAACGUGACCCUGAUUUGUGGUCUGAGCCUGAGGUCUUCAAACCUGAAAGGUUCAGCAAAGAGAACAAAGACAACAUAGAUCCUUAUGCCUUCCUACCCUUUGGAGCAGGGCCAAGGAACUGUAUUGGCAUGCGAUUUGCCCUUGUGAUGAUGAAGCUGGCCAUUGUAGAGAUCCUUAAGAGCUUCAGCUUUGUUACCUGCAAGGAGACAGAUAUCCCACUGGAGCUGGGAAAUGAUGGAUUUACCACACCCAAGAAUCCCAUCAAGCUGAAGUUGGAGCCUCGAGCCACUGUUGCUGAUUCUGAAUGAAGCUAACUCUGCUUAUACAUAUAUAUACAUAUAUUAUAUGUACGGUACUGUGCAAAUGUUUUAGGCAGGUGUGAAAAAAUGCUGCAAACUAAGAAUGCUGUCAAAAUAUAAAUAAUAAUGUAAAUAAUAAUUGUUACACUUGCACAAAGUAAGGGAUUUUGUAAGAUUAUAGUCAGGUGUAUGAUCAACCAAUUAUACCAAACAGGUGCUAAUGAUCAUCAAUUUCACAUGUAGGUUGAAACACAGUCAUUAACUGAAACAGAAACAGCUGUAAAGGUGGCUUAAAACUGGGUGAGGAACAGCCAAACUCUGCUACCAAGGUGAGGUUGUGUAAGACAGUUUCAUGUCACAGGUUUUACACCAUGGCAAGACUGAGCACAGCAACAAGACACAAGGUAGUUAUACUGCACUGCAGGUCUCUCCCAGACAAAGAUUUCAAAGCAGACUAGGGUUUCAAGAUGUGCUGUUCAUGCUCUUUUGAAGAAGCACAAAGAAAUGGGCAACACUGAGGAUCGUAGACACAGUGGUUGGCCAAGGAAACACAUUGAGCUUUCCCUGAUUUCCCUGAAAAACCAGAAAACCACCCAUCUACUCUCCGGAGAAGUCUGCUGAGAAAUACAGGCAGAUACUUAUACUUUGCACUGUACUGUAUAUAUAAACAUAUAUAUUUUUCUAAAAUAAAGUUGUCUCUGUUGUCUCAAAUUAACAACCCAGCUCUAGGUUUACAGUAUCAUUUACUUGUCAAAAUAGACUGAACUCCAUUUAUAGAGUUUGUUGUCAUUUUAAAUUCCUGACACAGUUGUGUAUUUUAACAGGUUAUAUAACUAUGGUUUUGAUAACCCGCAUAUUAACAAACACCAGUGUGUGAAAGCAUUAGCUCUAUUCUAAAGGUUGAAUCACAUGUGAUUAAAAAAAAUUCCACAAUG